AGAGUGGGUGAUGUUUUUUCCGGUGCAUUUGUGAAUGAAACAUCGGUUUCGCCUCGCUUUGGUACGGUCGAGGUGUUCGUGAUUGUUGGAACCUGGCUUGUGAAGCUUGCGAAAAACACCAACUGUCGCCGUGCAAAAUCUGCUGCACAAAAACGGCCGACGUUGGUGAACGGCAACAACGACGAAGGCGACGGCAGGCAGGAGCAACGAAGAAGGCAACGACGACGACGACGAUUGCAAGAGUUUGACAGCAAAUGACAGCAAAUAGGGAAGAAAGAAAGUGGUGAAAGAUUUACUUCUAGUGUGUAGUUGGUGAAGAAAACAUUUCAUAUUUCAUUGCAAAUUUGCGAGCAAUCGUGGUAGAAGGCAAGCGCUAAAACAAUAAGUUCGCUCGAAUGGUGGCGGCGGACGAGAGCUCGGGAAACACUAGAAACACGCCUCCAUUCGGAGAACAGAAGUGGAAGGAAAAAUGUGCGAUGUUUGCUCCGGUUUUCUGAAUCUUCUCGUUUCGUAUGAGUCGCGAUUCAACGGUGGCAAUGACGCCGACCAGCCGGUGUUCUUGCAGAAGCGGGAGAUUGAAAUUGUGCUGAACUACAUCCAGACUUGGCCCAAUAGGCAGUGCAUGUGCUGCUAUCGAGAUGUAAAGAAUUUCGACCGCUUCAACUUGGUCGUUCAAGGCAUCGUUUAUUUUACCGUUUACCAGUUGAAGAACAUUCGCAAAUUAUUGGCACAGAAUCUACUGCAGGCCUCACCAGGUUCGGGAGGGGCUGGACAGGGCACAGCCUCCCACGAGACACCGACCCCGGUGUCUACGCCUGGCAAUACUAAAGGGCAUGAGGAGGGAUCUGCUGUGAAGUCAACGGAAAGUAAAGAGAUUCGUAGUGACAAAAACCCGUCAGAAGUGAGAGACGACCAUCCGAAGGACGCAGAGAGUAGCCGGGAGGAGAAGAAUGAUGGCUCCGCGAGCCGGCCGACGUCGAAGAAGGGCAAAGAGGGUCCGGAGGGUGACAAGCAACCAGCUACUGUCAGCGGCAAUCAACCGUCUUUCGAUGGAGACGUUUGGACGCUGCUCGAUGUUGAAAAGUUGCUGAUACUAGUAUCGAAGGUGUUCCUGCUGAACUUUCCACUGUACGUAGCGUACAAGCAUGGGGUACACGCGCGCAUGGAUGAGGUGUCUCCACAAGAGGUACAAUCGUUGAGUCUGUUCUGCGAUCUGCACGACAGUGAAAUUCCGGCCUUCCUGCUGCGCAACGUGUCGUUGUUCUGCAACUACGCCGGGUUCGAGGCGAUGAUGCAGUGCUUCGAUCAGCCCGGAUUGCCCGUGUCGACAGCGCACGCCAUCACGGCCACCAGCUCGAAUAUAAAGCUGUGGAUAAAUUAUCGCUCGAUUGUGCAGCUAUUUAUUCCGCUGCGAGUAAAAGUGCUGCAGUACAUGUGCCGACUGUCCGAUCAAGAUCUGCGUUCGCCGGCAACCAAGUCGAUGGCCGACUUCAUGUGGACCGCCAUCAAAGACCCGCUGGACUCGCAAAUCACCUUCGACACGGAGGGGCUUGCGCUGGCCUUCAAGUACUUCACUUCGUCCACGCUCACGAUGCGACUGGCCGGGAUGGCGCAGAUCAACGCACACAUCAAUAUGUUCAACGACAUCUGCACGUCGGAGACAAUGUCCGAAGUGGAGGCGGUCGGACUGAAGCUGGCCAGCUGGCUGUCGGAAAAUCAGAUCAUUUCGCACCUGUUCGGACCGAACCUGCACGUGGAGGUGAUCAAGCAAUCGCACAUCGUGCUCAACUUCCUGGCCGUCGAGAACCAGAUCACGGAAGAACACAUCACGCUCAUGUGGCAGGCAGCUCAGCUGAAGCACUGCUCGAAGACGAUCUACGAUAUUCUGCCCUCGUUGGUGAAAAACCUUGCACCCAAGCCGGCCACACACCUGUACUCGCUGCUUUGCCGGCUCGACCCGCGGGAGCACACCGAACAGAGCAUCUACAUCGCGUCGGCCCUAACGAAGUUAAUAUGGAUGCGGGACUGCUCGCGACAGACGCUGUUCGAUAUGAGCAAAGCGGCCGGAGCCACCAUCAACGAAAUUGCAACCGGUCGCGGGAACGACUACAACGAGCUACCAUCCAGCUCGGAGAACAGCGUCAGUGUCGAUGGGAGUAACAGUGAGGACGAGCACCCGGAGGAUGACAGCUCGGACGGUGAAGGACCGUCGGCAAUGGCAUCGGGUGUGGCGGGCUGCCGUAAGCCGCCGUCUGCCGGUGGAGCGCUGGGUCAGAUGGGUCCGGAACGUCGUGGUGGAGGAGAAUCCGACACUGGGGCACCGCCAUGUAAGCAGGCGCGGCAUAAAAAUUGUUGUGAUGAAACUACCGAUGACAGUAUCAAAGUAGAGCCGGAUAUCUUCAAUGUGCAUCAGCGAAUGAAAGAUAAAAUAAGGAUCCCGUUGAUCACGCAUUCCAUGGCGGCCUUUAACGAAGAUGGCACCAGCAGCGACGAUUGCAUCGACGUGGACGAAUCGUUCAUGAUGCGCAAGAAGUUGCGUAAAAAGCGGCGUAAGAUCAGUGGCCUGACGCGUAAGGAACUGCAGGAGCUGCAGGAAAGCGUGUCCGAUGUCGAGGACAGCGAUUUGCUGGCCGCCAUGAUGCCGGAUAGCGAUUGCAGCGAUAACAACCUGCAGACGUCCGUAUUGCGCCAUCUUCAGCAGCAGCAUGCCGGUGUUGUGUCGGGUUCGCUCGGCCCGGGGGUGCUCGGUGCGGACCCCCUAGCAGGAGUGCGGGGUCCAAACAGUCUCGGGGGAGUUCCUAGUGGGCCAAUGAACGACGAUAUGUCCAGCUUCAUGGGUGCGAUGGGCGAGGGUCAUUUGAUCAACUUCCUUAACGCGGCCGCGGCGGCCGACAACGAAAACAGCUGCUCGUCACCGCUGAGCAACAAGUCGGAGAAGAAUUUGGCCGAUUUCGACGAUGAACCGUCGCCGUGUGAGGAAGAGUUGGCGGAGCUGGCGGCCAGGGGCGUUUCGUUGCAUCAAUCGUUUCCGAUCCCUCGGCCUCGGUCGAUAGGGACCGUCCCGGGACCGUCAUCGAUGCGGGCGGGAGCUGCUCCUGGGAUGGGCAUGAUGAAGCAUUCCCCGCAUCAGCAUCAUCAUCAUCACCAUCAUUCGGGCGGGUUGCAUAGGAUCGGUGCUGGGCCAAACAAUGGCGGUGGCGGGGGCAAAAUGAGUAAGGGUCCUUCGACGAAAACGAAAGAUAUCCUACAGGCCACGGCCGCUGUCGCCGCCUCCGCUGGGCCAGUGGGAUCGUCACUGGUCGGAGCAGCUUAUCGUUUUUCCGACGUGUGUCAACCGGGAAAUACGUUGCUGUGGGAUCUGCUGCAGGAUGAUAAAAUUGGACAACUGGGUGAAACGAUAGCGCUCGAGGCAGAAAAGGUGCUCGGUACAUUGCUGUGCUACCACACGGACAAAAACAUACGCACGCGGUUCAUCGAAGGCUGCCUGCAGAACCUUGCCGAAAACCGAAGCAUUGUUACGAGCCUGAAACUGCUGCCCAAGCUGUUUGCCUCGUUCCAGCAAUUUCGCGACGUUACCACCCAUCAGGUGGUCCUGUGGUCCGAGCGACAGCACGAGAUGAUGUUCCAUUUCUUCAACAAUCUCAAGCACUACUCAUCCCGGGUGCGUAGCGGAAACGCUCCACCGCUGUAUUCGCACGUGACACAGAUCCAAGUGCGGCUACAGUUUCUAACGUCGGUGUUCAGUGACGUCGGAUCGCCGCGCAGCUUCCGUUUGACGCUGAACCAGGUGGGCGCCCUCUGGGAUUGUCUUGCCAACGAUCCGGAGUGUAGCGAUUGCCUGUUCUCGUGGCUGCAGGCGCAGGUGAAGGGAGGCGAUACGCAUGCUCUCGGCGUGAACGCCAUCCAGCAUCUGUACCUCAAACGGCUGCCAGAGCUCAAACCGGAAGGAAUCUCGACCGUUGCUCUCGGACUGUUCCAGCAACUGUUCACCCUCGGCCGUGGCGAGAUGUUCUACCAUCCGGUGGAAGGUGUAAACCACCAGAUGGAUACGGUCGCGAUCGAGCAGCUGUGGAAGAUUGCACUUCGGGCAACGAACACGGACGUGUCGCUGUCCGCAAUUCAGUACAUCAACACGUACUACAUGGAGCAGCAGCUACGCUACGAGCAUCAGUUUGUGGCGCAGUGCAUGAACCACCUGUCGCAGGCGGUGGAGGAGUUGAAUCAACCACAUGCCGACGGGCCGGCCACCGAGUACGCGCUGAUGUGUGUCCAGCGUGCACUAAUGCUGCUCAAUACACAUCUCGAUACGUUCCGACGUCGGUACGCGUAUCACCUGCGCCGGUGGGCACUGGAAGGGACGGAUAUCGGUGCCCACAGUGCACUGCGCACGGAAGGUCCGGGUCCGCCAAUAAGGAUCGUACUGCAACCGGCCGGUGUACCGGACAAAUCGUUCCUAAGCAUGCACGCCAGCGAUCUCGUGGCCGAUCUGAAAGCCGAAAUAGCCAAGUGGUGGGAAACGUACCAAGGUGGAGCAACGCAGCAACAAACGGGGAAGGAAAUGAAUGUGGCGGCCAACAAUGGCGAAACGACGAACCCCUCGGCAACGGCCGGCGAAAGCCCUGCACCCGUACUAGGACUGCUGCUCAACGAUGGUCCACUGCGUAUCAUCACCCAGGGUCAGGAAAUAACGUCCGAUUACGAUGAGCGAAGCCUGGCGGAUGUGGGUUUUAAGGACAACCAAAUGGUGUACGUGUCACUCGGCGGUCGCAGCAUGCGACGUCGUGAGCAGGCGGAGAAUCCAUCGAUGCAACCACCACCACCGAAAGAUUGGCUUCCGACGUUGCUGCUUCUGAAGCCACCGUACUUCGAGCAGCUGUUCCGACUGAUGCAAACGCUGGGCGAUAUGAAGAUUAGCACCAUCGGAGAGCGCUGCCAGCCGAACACGAAGGCCCAGCUGCUGUCCCGGCGCGUCUGGGACAUACUGGCAAUGCUGCCGACGUGUCCUUCAUUUCUGAACACGCUGAAAAAUCUCACUUUCAAAGAGCCUGAAAAGGCUUCAAAGCAACAAGAUGAAAGUGCGGCCAAAAAAGCUAUCCAAGAAGGUGAACCAUCGCCAAUGGUGGAGCCGAUGGAUGAAACAUCGUCCACGACGGCCGACUCUUCUUCGCCGCUUGGUGGAUGCUACACGCUCGAGGAAAUUCUUGAUCCACGUAAUCUCCAAAAGUUCAUGUACGCCCUUCACAUUGUGGAGAGUCUUUGCAAAUCAAAGUUUGUCGGAAACUGCUGUGGCACCACCGGCGGUGGUGGUGCACCGGGAGGUGUUGCAGGUGUGAAACCGCCCGGUGCAGGAGGGUUCGUUAGCGAUGGUGGUGGCCAUGGGCGUAUCAGCAUGGCAGGCCCAAGUACUAGCUCGAAGAUUCUUUCGGUAAAGAAUCAAUUGAAGCUGAAAAUUUCCAGCUCCAAAUCGUUGAAGAUGCAAAAUCAAAGCCACAUCUCCGCCGCUAGCAGGCAGGUAGGCUCUACUUCUGCGAUAUUACAAGAAGUGUCACCAGGAGGGGGCACCGGUGCUAGCAGCGGGUCUUCACCGAAGGGCAAACGAAUCGAAUUUACUGCGCCGUGUGGACCGGGAGUAUUGAAACCGACCCCACUCCUUCUCGACGACGAUCGUGUUGUUGAAUCGGGAAAAGGUGGAACGGCAAACAAGGAGAACAAACCCACCACCACCACAGAAGAGGGUACGACGAAGGGCGAGAAUGAGCGAGCCACCGAAGCGACUAAUGAGUCUUCAACUGCAGCAAAUAUUGGUUCGAUGGAAACUACAUCCCUUAAGCAACAAGAAACACAGGCAGUUAGCGAAGACGGUGGCAAGAAGCCCGACCUAAAUCGAGACCUGUUGGCCAUUGCUAGUAGUGAUCUUCCUCAGCCCAACGACACCGCACCGAAGAUGGUCGAAUGGAGUGAUGAAUUUAUCCGCUGCGGAGGUCUGGCACACCUCUAUCGGAUCUUCCUCUCGGGGGUGCUGCAAAAGUCUGCCGACGGGUCGGACAAGCACGUGCUCAACGAGUGGCGUCACGAUUGUCUUGCUUCGAUGCUGCGCAUAUUCUGCCUGCUGGGAAUGGACGAGCUGAAGGCUGAGGCGGAAGGAACUGCUAUAAUGAUUCCACCCUUGAACCGUGAAACGCUUGCACUGUUGGAACCACGGCCUACGCUCGAGCGCCUGGCAUCGAUUCUGAACGAGGAAUCGCUGCCGCUCAAUCCGAACCUGUUCAAAACGGGUCUGUUCGGCCGCCCGCAGGUCAUCCAUUACGCGAUGAAUCUACUCGUCUGCUAUGCCCACUCGUGCCGCGAGGUACGUCGAAUGCUGUGGACCAUCGAGGCUAACGGGCACUGGCUGCAGCGGUUGAUUCUGGACGAUCCGGAACCGGCCGUGCGGAGGGAAGCGUGUGCCGCGCUUUAUCGGCUGUGUUUAGGUAACGCUCAGACAUACUACGAGCUGAUGGCACCGUUGCUGUCGAAGUUGGUAGCCCUAUUGCCAUUGGCGGAGAACAUGAAACCGCAGGCCUUGGGUGGAGGAGCUGGUGGAGCCGUUGGUGGUAUCGGUGUAGCUGGUGGUAUUUACGGUGCGCUGCUUGCCGCCGGCGAUGAAGGAAAGGAACCGUACGGUCCAGCUUGUAGGGAUUACUUCUGGCUCCUGUGCCGCCUGGUGGAUGCACUCUCGCCAGAACUGUUACGAGGUGGUAGUGGUGGUGGUGGUAAUGGUUCGGUCGAUUCGGACCUAGCGACACAGCCGAGAGAUACCAUUGGCUUGGAUGCGAUGUGUCAGCAGGUGGCUAGAAGCAUUCUAGAGCGUGACUAUCUUGAGAGUCGCCACGGCAGUCCGGACGAUGGGCUGUUCGGGUUGCUGAAUCUGAUGGCAAACUUGCUGAAGUUCGACCCACCGUUCAAGUACAGCACGCCCGGUCAGGAUUUUAUGGUCAGUGUGUUCUGCUGCCUGUUCGAGCUCCCGUCGCCGGAGGAUCGCGAGAAGCCAAAGUGCAAGAGCCACGGUGCCCGGGCGGCCGCGUACGAUCUUCUGGUGGAGAUGUGCCGUAAUGCACCGGAAAACUAUCUUCUGCUGCAUGGCAAGUUGAUGCAGCAGCAUCGUGCCGGGCCGCAUUCGCCCUACCCGUGGGACUACUGGCCGCAGGAUGAGGGCCGCUCCGAGUGUGGGUACGUCGGGUUGACCAACCUCGGCGCGACCUGCUAUAUGGCGUCCUGCAUACAGCAUCUGUUCAUGACGCCCCAGACGCGCGAUGCCAUCCUGUCCAUCUCGACCGAUGCGCCUCAGAAGCACAAGGCCACCCUAUGCGAACUGCAGCGCAUGUUCGCCUACCUAAUGGAGUCGGAGCGGAAGGCGUACUGCCCGCGAUCGUUUUGUCGAGUGUAUCAGAUGGACCACCAGCCGCUGAACACGGGCGAGCAGAAGGAUAUGGCCGAGUUCUUCAUCGACCUGGUGUCGAAGUUGGAGGAGAUGACGCCCGAUCUGAAGGCCCUAGUGAAACGAAUCUUCUGCGGUGUCAUCAGCAAUAAUGUUGUGUCCUUAGAUUGCGGACACGUGAGCAGAACGUUGGAGGAGUUUUACACCGUACGGUGUCAGGUGGCGGAUAUGCGUAACCUGCACGAAUCGCUCGACGAGGUCACGGUCAAGGAUACGCUCGAGGGUGACAAUAUGUACACGUGCUCGCAGUGCGGCAAGAAGGUGCGGGCGGAGAAGCGCGCCUGCUUCAAGAAGCUGCCCCAGAUCCUGUGCUUCAACACGAUGCGCUACACGUUCAACAUGGUCACGAUGCUGAAGGAAAAGGUGAACACCCAUUUUUCCUUCCCGAUGCGCCUCGAUAUGUCCGGCUACGUGGAGAAAACGCUGAUGCCCCACCACUAUCAGGAGGAAAAGCGCAAAUCGCAGAUGCGACGGUCGCACUCACGCAACGUCAGCGAAUCGUCAACAUCGGAGAUUGGUGGUGGAGGAGCAGGAAUUGGAAGCACUACUCUGCCCGGGCCAUCGGCGAUGUCCGGUGGAGGGGGGAACGAUGACAGUAGUAGCAGCAGUAGCAGCAGCAGCAGCACUAGCAAUUGUAGCAACGGCAGUACAAGUACUGGCACCGUCAGCACAAGCAGUGACGCAAAUGGAAAGGACCGCAACAAAGGUUCUACGCCGGCAGGGAAUGUGAAGGCUACCGAUGGUGAAGAUGUCGAAAUGAAGUCGGCUGAUGUUACAACGAAGGUAGUGGACGAUGACAAAAACAUCAACCCUAGCAGCAGCAAAACAAACGAAACAGCCGUUACCAAUGGCAACACGAGCGACAGCAGCAGCGGUGAUCUGCAAAAACAGCAGCAAACGAUGGACGAAGAAGAGUCGGAGGAUUUCAACGAGAACUACGAGUACGAUCUAGUUGGCGUGACGGUACAUACAGGCAACGCCGACGGUGGGCACUACUACAGUUUCAUCAAGGAGCGCAACGAAGACGGCGAUCCGAACCACCAAGAGAGAUGGUUUCUGUUUAACGACGCCGAAGUGAAACUGUUCGACCCGUCACAAAUUGCUGCCGAAUGUUUCGGUGGAGAAAUGACGAGUAAAACAUACGACUCAGUGACGGAAAAGUAUUUGGAUUUCAGUUUCGAAAAAACCAACUCCGCUUACAUGCUCUUCUACGAAUGGCGCUCCAACAAGGGAAAGAACGUGCAGCGCGAUCAGGUCGAUCAACAGAUGGCUUCCACCUCGACUGACAGACAACAGAUAGGAACCGCGGCGAACCGGAAUAGCAGCACCGGUAGUAACUGUUAUGCCUCUGGUAACUUUCCGGCCGAACCAAAGCGAUCGAGCUCACCGUUGCUAUUUGGCAACACAGUACCGGUCAGAACCGGUGUGCCACUACCCGGAACAUCUUCCUCUACUUCGAAGAAAGUGACUUCGAAGAAGUGUGAAUCCGUGUCCACUGAACCAUCGGGCUCUGUUCGCUCUGAAGGCGCAGCACGUGGUGCUGCCAUAAAGUCGGAUUCAGAUAAAAUCACAUCAACAAAAUUGCCGGCGUCGGUCUCGUCUUCGGGAGGGCCAACCCACAACGCUGCUCAAACCCCGCCUGCUAGCACCACUGCGACAAAGUCAGAUAGCAAUGCAUCUUCAUCCGUACCGUCGGUGCAGAGUACUGCUUCUACUUCUUCGUCUUUAUCACCAGCAACGAAUUCGGGGCAAGAUGGGGAUCUGGGUGAGGUAACGAAAGCGUUGAAGUUGGCACAUGAAGUGAUGCCAGCUGCUGCAGCGACGACGGAGUCAAAUGAGAUGAAGCUGAAGAAAGCAAAUAAUGAACGUGAUCAAGAGACUGAACAAUUCAUCCAACAACUACCUAGUGAAGUAGCUAAACAAAGUAAUCAUCUAAGUAAAUGUGAUAUAGAUAUUAAGAAAGAAGGUAUCGCUAGGCCAACACCACAACCUUCAUUGCCACUACCACCACCACCGUCGCCAUCGGCUUCAUCAUCACAGAGCCAGGGGGGACCGACGCGAGCUGUUAGUCCGACGACGUCAACGAUAGCCUCUUCGUCGAGUACUGCGGUGUCACUGUCGCCGUCGGCCUCUACGACAUCAACAGCAUCGGCUACGUCGACCGGAGUGACGUCCGUCAUUCCUUCGUCGGCAGCAGCAGCCUCGGCGGCUAUAGGAAAAACGUCGAUAGUCGCCAACGCCGCUCACAUGCAUCCGAUCAUGGUACCCAAGGUGGGAACUGCAACGACAUCCACCACUUCAACGUCCUCGACAUCCUGCCUGGUACCGCUCGGUGGCUCCACUGGGGUACUCGGUUUCCAGCCGACGGCCUCAUCCUCGGUAUCGCCCGUCGGCACAGGAGUCAGUGCCGCCGCCGCCAUGUUGCACGGUGUGGUCUCGUCAGAACCGUCCCCAUCAUCGUACUCGUCGAUAUCGUCGCUGUCCGCAUUGACGGCAACCGUAGGAGGAAACAUCGGCCUCCCUAUGGCAGCCGUCGUCGGACAAGCGACCGGAGUUCCGGGACCGUCGUUGCACAACUCACCCCACGUUGUGCUGCAAUCAUCGUCCUCCUCUUCGCCCGGUUGUUCGAGCUCAGGCUCAAGCGGUGCCACCUCGGUUACCGGAGGUAGCGGGCUAGUGAUGGUGAACCGGAUCAGCACAUCGAACAAACGGCUCCGACUUCGGCCCCUGUCAAAGGAGCUGGAGGAGUGGAUAUGGCAGGACAAUAGACAUUUUCUGCAAGAUCGCAACAUUUUUGAACAUACCUAUUUCAACUUUAUGUGGCAGAUCUGUGGUCAUAUACCGCAAAGCCUACUGGCGCUACCGGACAUUACGUGUAUCGCAGCCCAAUUAUCCGUGUCUUUCUUUAUUGAAACAUUUAUUCACGCGAAAGAAAAGCCCACGAUGGUGCUCUGGGUGGAGCUGCUAACGAAACAGUUCAACGCCAGCCAGGAAGCCUGCGAAUGGUUCCUUAGUCACAUGUCGGCCGAGCCGUGGUGGCCCGUCCAGGUGCUGAUCCAAUGCCCGAACCAGAUGGUUCGUCAAAUGUUCCAGCGGCUUGUCAUUCACGUGAUACAGCGCUUGAGACAAAGCCACUGCGCUCUCUAUCUGAAGGCGGAAACGGACGUCGAUGGGAAUGAAAUCAUCGGAAAUGUGUCGUGCGUGACGCGCUUCAUCAAGUCUCUCAUCAUGCUAAUGGAGCAUGGAGCAAAGGCCCAUUCGCGCCAUUUGUCAGAGUUUUUCGGGCUGUUGUACGAGUUUUCGCGGAUGGGUGAAGAGGAAGCACUGUUCCUUCUACGCAUUAACGUCAUCCGGAGCGUGGCCGAUUUCUAUCUCGGGCACAAGGGCCAGGAAUGUAUUGAUGCCAGUUCAGAUAAUGACGAAAACUCAUCGGAUGAGACGCUCACGGUGGAUAAAUCGCGACCAGCAUCGCUGGACAAAAUGAUUGCCCUGGUGGCUUCGUUGGUGGAACGCUCGCGCGGGCCCGAUCUCCGGCUGCAUCUUUCCGCUCGCGACUAUAAUGCAAUCGCGGGCGGCAAGGGAUUCCCCUUCCUGUACCAGCAGAUCAAGGACAACAUUAACCCGCACCAGACGCGUCAUCUCAUCCACGCCCUGUGCCGGUGUGAUGAGCGGCUCGCCAGCCAGAUCAUCACGAUGCUGUUCACGGCCGUCACAAAGCACACGGAACUGUGUGGUCCGUUCUUCAAGCUGCUCACACUGCUCACCGAAUCUUCCGGCGGUCCGUCCGGUUUGCCGUGCUUUUCACAGUUGGUGCUACAACGCGUUUGGGAUGCGGCCGAGUACUGCCCCCAGUCUGCCCUGGAUUGGCUGGCGGUGCAAGCGCCUCGCAACAAGAUCGCCCAUAACUGGAUCCUGCAGUCGGCCGAAAGCUGGGUGGAAACGUUUCUGCUCGCACAUACCAACGCCCGGGUGCGCAAUGCUGCCGCCUACCUGCUGGUGUCCCUAGUGCCUUCGCAAAGCUUCCGCAACAACUACCGAGCGACGUCGCACCACAAGCUGUCGAUGCACGUGUUUCAGCAUCGGGAAAUCUCAUGCGAAGCGCAGCUGAUUUUGCACACCAUCCUCAAUCUGCUGCUGCUGCUGUUGCGGUCGGCACGCAACUAUACCGAGUACAACGUACACGGCACAACCAAGCUGACGGCGUACUUUAACCUGCUCACAUACUGUUUAGUGUCGAAGACGGAGAAAUUAAUGGUUGGACCACAUCUGCGGUCGUUAUGGGAGCUGUUUCACCCGAGGCUAUCAGAGCCGGCUGUACCGGCGCAUCACAACAAGCAGGCAUUGCUCGCAUUCUGGUAUCAGGCCACCUUAGAUUGUCCAGAAAAUGCGAUUCUCGUGGCAAACUGUCCAGAUAUAACGCGUAACAUCGCGUUUAAUUACAUACUAGCCGAUCAUGACGACACGGAAAUAGUGACGUACAAUCGCGCAAUGUUGCCGGUGUACUACGGCUUGUUGCGAAUGUGCUGUCAGCAGAGUCGUCUUCUGACUCGUCAGCUGGCGGCCCACCAGAACCUACAGUGGGCGUUUAAGAACAUAACGCCGCAUCCGACGCAGUAUCCUCUAGCCGUAGACGAACUGUUCCGCCUGAUGACACUGUUCGCCCAGCGACACCCGGACGCGAACGAGGUCGAGCAGCGGGACGUAACGAUCUUCCGCCGCACGACCCUCACCGCCUACUUGAAUGGGUUGGAUGCGCGCGUUUCCUGGGGUACGUUGAUCGCUGCACUGCGCAUUCUGGUCGAAAACGACGACGAUCGGCUGUUUGUGGUGCUGAACGGUGGCAUUACGCUCUGCUUCGAUGCACUGCACACGCUUCACUCGAUGUACCACGAGGCGACCGCUUGCCAUGUGUUCGGCGACCUGCAGGAGCUGCUGACGGAGGUGAUCUUGCUGAUAAGCACGCUGCGUGUUAGUUGCCGCGAGCAGAAGAAACGACCUCCGCCACCGCUGAUGAAGGGUCUGCCCGAUGCCGUACGUCGGUUGGCCACGCUGUUGAACACGUUCAACCCGCCCGAGAUGCGCAAUCUGGCACUGGAGGUGCUCAAGGAGUUGGUCAAGUGUGCCACCCCGGACAUCAUCUCGACCGUGCUCGUUCCGCUGCUAACGAACUGCCAUGCACCGAGCGUGCACCAUCUAACCCACCACCAGCCGAAUAGUAUGGGAGCGACCGGCACCGGCGGUUCCGUGGCACUAUCGGCAUCAGGAGCAACGACAGCAGCUGCAGCAGCGGCGGCGGCAGCGACUGCCGUUAACGCUGCAACGGCUGCCACCAUUGGUCCGUUAGGAUCCUACUUCCCUCGACGCGGCGUAAAGGCGGCCUGGCCACCGGUUUCGAAAAAUACACCUCGCCCACCGAGACCGAUGGUUCAGAUGAACAUUCCACAGUCUCAGAUCUGUGAGAAGGGUCUCGAUAAGGACUUUGACCUGGCGCUGGAACUAUUCUAUCGACCGUACCACGAGUUUCUCGACAUCAUGUUCCGGGUGGCGGUAACCGCGAAUCAUUUCACCGAACCGAUGGUCCACUUGUCGCUACUGGCCGGCAUUGAAGCGGUUGUGUUACACUUUAACAUUUUCCCCAAGUUUUGGGUUGGCAUCUACAACAACAAGACGACGCAUAGGUACUCGGAGAUGCUGAUUAAGAAUCCCCUGCUCAUCGAUUACAUCGACAACAUACUGAGAGAUGAAAGACUAUCGCUAAACGACCCAAUCAUAGCAAAUUUUAUCGAAAUCUACUACCCAAAGAUAAAAUCUCGCCUGGUUGUACCACGUCUGCUCGAGUCCAUCUGUCAACUGCUGCCGGACAAGGGCAACCUGGAGGACAUUUGCGGCGAUCUGCAGGCGAUCCGCAUUAUCGGGCAACGCACGGGAAUCCCCAGGAGCGUGAAGGGAGCCCUGCAAAACUCGCUGCAUGCCGUGCUGACGAAGUUUAAGGAUGAAAUCUACAGCGACGAAGAAACGCCACCGAAAAAACGUAAAGUGACCGUGCCACACAUAACGAUACAUCCGGUUGUCCGCUCGCCAAUGACUUCGUCAUCGGGUGGCACGCCGACUGAAGUUGGUGCUCCAGCGGCGGCUUACAAUGCAGGAACCGCAGUGUCGUCGGGCGCUGGUGGAAAGUCUUCCCGAGGUAAAGAAACGCUUCCGUCGAUAGAAAUCACCGUACAGAGUAAACCACAACCGGGCGGAUCAUGUUCCACCGCCGACGUAAUGAUGAAACCUCCGUCCACUGUCGGGACCGCAGCGACGACUGCUGCUUCGCUUAUUACCACUCGUCGGGAUGCUGCAAUAUCCUGCGAGACAACGACGACGUGCACGACCAUGACGUCGUCGACAGCAGUGACAACUAGUACGGUGGCAGCCUCUACAACGGUGGUUAUGUCUCAAGAGGGAGCAGAAAAACACUCCCGUUAUGGAGACGACGUUAGUAAGGCAAAUCCAGUGUCGUCGGAAGAGAUAAAAGAGUCGCUUAAAAAGCAAGAUCCGGUGUCUAACGAGGGCGUCGCGGGGUCAACAAAUAGUUGCAGCGGAAGUGGAAGCAGUAGCAGUUCCAAGGAGUCUCCUGCAGGAGAAGAAACCAUAGGUCCGAUGGCACCGUCGGCCAGCGGUAGCGGUGAGCCGCCGCAGAAUCAGCAACAGCAUCAGAAGCAGCAGGAACAGUACCUGCGCAAUCUGGUGAAAGAUAUCGAGAGCCAUAUUGAGCUUAUAUUUGAGUGCUUGGACGACGACGACGAUGAGGAGGAUAAAAAAGACAGUGGCGAUAAGAGUGGCGAUCGUCGGUCGGAGGACAACAGCAAACCAUCAGUCGUUAGUUCAAAGCAGGAGCAGGAGCAUUCUUUGGGCAGCAAGUCAAAGUCCAUGGCCGCUCCUGCGGUGGAUCCAACCACACCACGAAUAGACGACGAUAAUGUCGAAGGUAAGCAAACGACGACGGACGGCACACACGCAACCGACGCGACCGUUCGACCAAAAAUGCCACAGCACCUAGAGCCCGACGCUAGGCAAUGUCCAAGCCCAAGCAAGAUUAAGAAGAAGCUUGGUGAUGGUGGUGAGACGGAACCACCGGCACCACCAUCGAAAGUUACUACCAACAACGUGGUCGAAGGACCAGGCAAAGGAACCGCCAUCGAGUGUAGUGAACCACCGGUUGCAGAGGAAAGGCCAACUUCCGAACCGGCAGCGCGCAAUAAAAUCGAAGGGGAAACGUAAAUGCGCGUACGAUGACUGUUCACUGCAAUGUGAGAGAAUUGCUGUGUUGCUCUUAGUAACCAUGCAUGGUUACCACCGAUUGCUGAGCAAACCGGGAGUGAAACGAUCACCAGGGAAUAGUGAGUGAGUGAGUGGGUUUGAAAGAGUGAACCGGACCGACUUACUGUAUCUAAAUAUAACAAAAUGUCGUUUUAAGGAUACUACUUAAUAUGGAGAUGAUUUGCACGCUUCGGACGAAUAAUAUGCGCACGUAUUUGGUUGAAUUUCGGGCUGGUGUUACGGUGCAGUUGGUUUUUGAACGGAUAUUUAUGUAUCCCCAGAUUAUGGUAGACCCGGUAUAUGGGUACGGAGCGAUGGUUAUCGAUCCGGAAUUCCGUGUAGUAUUCACAGGGAAGAAUCGUGCAAAAUCGUCACCAAA